AUGGCUACAUCGCUGACAACCUGCUCCUCUAGCUUAAAGGGCGAGGAAGAAGCCAAUCGCAUCACAGAUGUCAAGUCAACUGAGAAGCAUAUCGAGGAUGUCUCGGAAUAUAAUGAGCAGCCGCCUGCCGAUGGCGUCUAUAUCGCGCCGGCAGAGAUUCAGGCGCGGUUCGAGCUUUUGCGUGAGCUGAGCCUGGAGCAGAUGGACGUACUCAAUAAGCGUGUUCUGAAGAGGAUUGACUGGCACAUGAUGCCCUGCGUCACACUCAUGUUUCUAAUGAAUUAUCUCGACCGGAUCAAUGUUUCCAAUGCCCGUCUUGCCGGGCUACAGAGCGAUUUGAAUAUGAGCGAUACUGUUUGGAAUGCUGGCAUCUCGACAUUCUAUGUUGGCUACCUCGUUGGUCAGCUUCCUGGAAACUUACUGAUGGCUAAGUCAAACCCACGUUGGUUCCUUCCAAUCAUAAUGCUCAUGUGGAGUUGUGGCACCAUUUGUAUGCCUGCUAUGACCAAUGGCGUCGGGUUCUGCGUGGUUCGAUUCUUCAUUGGCCUAGCUGAGGCACCUUUUUUCCUGCUCUCACUCUACGAAGAGUCUCCGAUGCGCAUGGCCAUCUGGCAUGCUGGGAACACCAUAUCCAAUAUCAUCUCCGGAUUCUUAGCUGCUGGGGUUCUCGAGAAUAUGGAUGGCAUUAGCGGUCUGCAUGCAUGGCAGUGGUUCUUUUUGAUCGAGGGGAUAGCAUCGAUUCUUGUUGCUGUCGCAUCGUUCAUCUUCUUACCCGCCUGGCCGCAUAACACUCGUUUCAUGUCCGAGGAAGAAAGCCAGAUGGCACAAUACCGUGUGCUCGUGUCCAAUGGUGGACGGGAUGAAACCGUUGGAGGCACUUGGGAUGGACUCAAGGACGCCGUCAAGGACCCUUUCACAUGGUUCUUUUGCCUCAUGCACUUUGCACUCGUUACUGCCCAAAGCUUCAAAGAUUUCUUGCCGUCGAUCAUAAAAACAUUUGGUUUCGACACCAUGACCACGUACCUCGUCCAAGCCCCUCCAUAUGCUAUUGCCUAUAUCUUUGCCUGCGCCGCAGCGUGGUCCUGUGGCAGACUCCAAGAGUCAACUUGGCACAUAGUCAUUCCUAUAAUCAUCUCUGCCGCUGGGUGCAGUAUUCUGAUCAGCACCCUGAACGUCGGCGCGCGGUACUUUGGAAUUGUCUUACUCAUAUGCGGCACUUACAGUGGGCUCAACCUACAGUUGUCUUGGGAGACUACCGUGGUUCCCUCGCCGCGAGCGAAGAAAGCUGCUCUCAUCGCGAUUGCCAACUGCAUCAGCCAGUCCAGUCACUGGUUCAGCCCCUACUUCUAUCCAACCAGCCAAGAGCCAUUUUACCGUAUGGGUGGCGGUUUGGUACUCAUGGGGUGUGCACUGGUGGCGCUGUCUGCCUUUGCUGUUAACUGGAGGGGUAGGAGGCUUAAUAAAAAGUUGGACGAAGCCGAGGGGUGGACGAUGCACUCGGGUAGCGAGAGAGGCUGGAGGUACAAACUCUAA